AUUCCCCUCCCCAAAAUUCAUCAUCAACAAUCAUCCACAUCGUCUCAUGUUCUGCAGUCCCAUUCAACGAUCAUAAUCCAAAAGUCUCACCACCUCCCACUCAAGCUCCCGCUAUCACUGGCUGCCGCCGCUCAAAGACGGGGGAUCAUCAAAUAUCCGAUUACUUAUGCAGCUAGGGUCUCUGCUCCCUGUUGUAUUAACAAUCAACUCCCCAUCCAAGCCACGGAUCUACCGAGGCAAAAACUGGCUAACGUUGAGGUUUUGGUGGUGCUGCUCUCGUGAAACUGUCAUCUCGUUGGCCGUAGUUGAUACCAUCAGCCAGAACUAGAGGCCCACCCCCAGGAAGCGACUAGGGACUCAUACUCUUUAUGGAUGGGUUCCCUGGUACAGUGCCAGAGUUCUCUGGGACUAUAUUAUGACGACCAUCUUCUCAAGAGCGGUAGGAAACUUCAUACGAUCAACAGCACACAGCACUUCCCGCCACUGUCUUCAUCUUUCUAGGCCUUACUCCUCUUCCCCCACUUCUCUCGAUCCCAAAAUGGUGCAGAACAAAGCCUUCAUCUACAAGGCCAUCCCAAAUGGCUGGCCCGUUCCAGGCAAAGACCUGACGGUGGAGGACAUUGGGUUUGACGAAAACGCGCCCCCGCCCAAGGGCGGCUUCACCACCAAAAACCUGUACGCGGCCUACGACCCCAGCCAGCGCGGGCGAAUGCGCGACCCCAGCAUCCCGUCGUACUCGGCGGCCAUGACGACGGGCCAGCCGGUGAUCAGCGUCAGCGUCAUCGGCAAGGUGCUGAAGAGCGACAACCCCAAGAUCCAGCCGGGGGCUAUUGUCAUGCUGCAGGGCUCCGGCACCGAGUCGUAUUCGACGAAGGACGAGUCGGCCGUCGCCACCACCCAGAUCAUCGAGCCCAAGGAGGGCGUGCCCUUGACGGCCUACCUGGGCCUGCUGGGCAUGACGGGCAUGACGGCCUACGGGUCGCUGCACGAGAUCGGGCAGCCCAAGAAAGGGGACGUGAUUUUGAUUUCGGCCGCUGCUGGGGCUGUGGGUCAGAUGGUCGGGCAGAUCGCAGUGCGAGAAGGUCUACACGUAAUCGGCUCAGUCGGCGACGACCGCAAACUCGACUUCAUCCUCAACGACCUCAAAUUCCACGCGGGGUUCAACUACAAGAAGGAGUCGAUGGCCGAGGCGGUCAAGCGCCUCGCCCCGCAAGGGCUGGACAUCUUCUACGACAACGUGGGCGGCGAGCUGCUGGACGUGGCGCUGGCCAACAUGAAGGAGUUCGGGCGCAUCGUGGCCUGCGGCUCCAUCUCGACCUACAACAACGCCAAGGACACCACCCCCUACGGCGUCAAGAACUACGGCGCCAUGGUCCGCAAGCGCCUGCGCUGGCAAGGCUUCUUGGUGUUCGACCCCAACAUCGUGCGAUGGCGCGCCGAGCGCGACGACAAGAUCACCCAGUGGAUCCGGGACGGGAGCUUCAAGUCCGUCGACUUUGUCACCGAGGGCAUGGACCAUGCCAUCGAGGGGUUCCUGGGAAUGCUCCGCGGCGAGAACCUGGGCAAGAGUAUUCUCAAGAUUGCCGAUGAGUGAUUCACCGAGGGAGUGAAUGGAUCAAUCAAUGAAUGAAUGAAGGAGGGCAACCUGGGGCUGGAGCUGGUUGUCAGGGACCCUCAAACCAGAUAGGCCGAGUGAACAGGAUGACCAGGAUGGAGAAUACUACCUAGAUACCUUGGGUAGGUACAGACUGUCUAAUCCAGAUAAGUUCAAUACAUACAUACCUAGGUAUGCAAACGCAUUCAAACAC